AUGGUGGAUAUGGUGCCAGGCAGGAAUAUAAUGGGAAUAAUGUGCCUGCUACUAGGCAUAGUGCCUUUAUUGUCUCUAUCCUCUGUGAUGUCAGAUGAUACCUGGAACAGGCUUAUCAUACAUCAUGCCAAUAUAACAUUACCCUGCGAUUCCGAUGGUACCAUUCCAAACAGCACAGCUAUUCAAAUAUCGUGGAUACUUCCUGAUGCCCAUCUGAUUCAAAUCACACAGGAAAUGGUGAAAUACCAGAGAUACCAAUUCCAACAAUAUGGAAGAAGUCUGAAAAUAACAGAUGUUGAUGUCGAUGUCUUUGGAAUUUAUCACUGCAUGGUCGACCUACAAAAUGGCACCAUCUUAAAUUUCAGACAUGGCAUUAAUAAGGAUGGGCCUUAUUUUGGAGAUCUGAUGGCCAAAUACAAACCUCACAUAGUCAAUGGGGCCAUCGCUGCAGCCAUCAUGUUCUGCGUUGCUCUCUUUCUGUGUGGCUUUUGUUCUUUUCAACAGGAGAGAGGUCAAGACAAACUUGUGAAAUUCCGGGAAGAAAACCCUGGAGUAUAUUGGGCACCUCCGGAACCCUUAAAACGUAGCACGUAUAUAUAUGAUAACACAGCAAUAGAUAUGGUAGAAUUGAAAUCCUCGGUUAAAAGGGUCAAUGACAAAGAAGAUGUAGAAGAUAAACUUCCUCCAAAGGUUGAACUUUAUCGUAGUAGUAAACUACAAAUCAAAAUGUGAAAUUAGUCUCAAAUUGUGUAUGACUAAAUAAAAAGUGAGUUUUCUCCCUUGAAAUGUUGUAAGUAAAUGAAAAAAUCAAUAUGUGGUAUCUAAUUUAGAAAUAUUAAAAAGCACAUCACAAACAAUGAUAAUUAUAAUAUAAAUAUAAUUAUUCUAAACGGAAAGCAAAAGGAGGACCUUUAAACAAUAUAUUCUCAAUUUUCGAUUUGUUUUUUCAAAUUAUUUUUUUGAAUGACUUCGUUCUAUUUUUCAUAAACUUCUUUCAAGUACUGUAGUGGAUUUGCUGAACUUUUCAGGAUACAUUGUACCACUCGACCACUCGGUGUCAACCCGGUACACAUUCCGGAGAGUCCACAUAGCUAGUGUUGUUUAUUGGUUACUAUAAAUUACAUUGUAGAUGUGUCAUAUGUAUCAUUUUGGACUUUGUUUGAUCUUAAAUAAUGUAUUUUGUUUAGUCAUAACCAACA